UCGAAGCUUGCGUCGAGAAUUCCGCACUGAAUACAAGGUGAAAUUUCGCCCCUUCUCCAAUUACGAAUAUGUGGACGGUCAUUUCGUUCCAAGCCCCGGGGCCAGUGCUACCACGGAUGCUCGCCAAGCUCCACCAACCACCAAACAACCACCCGGAGAAGGGUCUCAUCCUUGGUACAGUGAAGUGGUCGAACUCCGGAAACAGGCCAACGAAUUUCGGUGCCGAGGUUGGGGAACCGAUUUGGUUCCACCUCAUUUGAACGAGUUGUACCAUAAGCAAUUGGACCCGAAGGAAAUCGCCCGACGACGAGAGUCCUUGUCGGCUUUAUCGUUGGCCAUCAAUGCUCCUCGUCCCACUUCGGACAAGGUGGAUCAUGGUCCGUCAUCCACGGCACCUUCGUCUGCCAGGUCGUCGAGAAUGUCCCGCCCAGGCACAGCCCCACCCACUGCCUACAUCUCGGCCAAGACCAGGCGUUCGGAAUCGGUCCAGCCUAAAAAUGGGAGCGAUGCCUCGGCAGCCACGAUGCCCAGAACGAAACGGAACA